AUGAAAAAUAAUUUCGAGCAAUUGAUUGAUGUUCUACCGUUAUCUUCAUCGUUUACAUUCGGAAUUUGCGAAGUCACAACGAUCCUCGAGAGACAAAACAACGAUUUGUUCUCAUCAUUCAUAUCCGAAUCUUAUCAAUCGUUACUGAAACUCGAAUCCUGGGCGUGGAAAGUUCUUAGUAAAGAUUCAUACCAAUGGAUCAAUCAACCGAAUUAUUUAACCCUACUGUACGCUGUUGCACAUUUCAAUAAGAAUUUAAUCUACGCUUAUGAGGACAUUGAUGAUGGAAUCAAGGCCAAUCUUCUUCUGCCAAAGGAUCUUGAGUUAAUCAAUGACAUAUUCGAGCAAAUUAAUCGAAAUAAAGAAGAGAAUGACUCGUUUAUUCAUAUUGUUAGUCUCUGGUUUGAUAAUCUUUCGUUUUUCGUCUACGAGCAUCCACAGUAUGAAACAUCGCCGAUUAUGUCACUUGUCAACGAAUAUUUUCGACGGGAUUAUCUUAUGGCUGAACAGUUUUUAGUCUAUUUGGUGCAACUGCAGCAAACGAAAUUACCACAAUCGAUAUUUACCUAUAAGCAACUAUUUUGCAUGCGUACGUGUACAUUUUCAUUGAAUUCCUAUUUAACAUCGAAAUCUCAAGAGUUUCCUUCAACACCACGAGAAAUUAUGCAGUAUAUCGGCAAUGAUUUCGUCCAAGUCGUCGACAUUCACAGUCAUCUUAUUGAUAUGUGGAGCGAGCAAUUGUUAACAUGUUUAACACAUCUGAUCGGGUUCGUCUCAGCAUGUUGUUCGUGGGGCGGCGAUAAAAUUACACCGAUCAAUUCAUUGUUUUCUUCGGAAACAAUUCUUUGUUCGUACAUCAGUGCACUUAUACGCAUUAUCAGUUAUAAACCAUUCUAUGAGCGAAUUCAGGCGCAAUGGACGACGAAUGAAACGAUUCUGAUGGACUUCUGUUUAUUCUCAUUAAAGAAUAUUGCACAAGCACAGAACCUAAUCUGGUUUUUUCGUUCGAAAGUUUCGCUGCCUAAUACUUUAUUGUACAUUGCUGAACUAUCCGUUCAUGACAAGAUAUGUUUACGUGCGUAUGUUAUCUUAGGAGAAAUCCUGUGCAAUGAACGUUUGAAAGAUCUGCAGAUUACCGCUAACUUAAGUCAAUUUUUCUAUGACAUGCUCGAACAAGCUUGGCGACAUCCGACAAAGAGAUACAAACAGAUCCCAAUCGGUCAAUUCCUGCGAAGUUUUUCAACUCUAUCGAAAAUUGACGCCAUCCAACAGAAAACGGCCGAUUUACACAAGAUAUCGAUUUUUAUUGAAAUGAGCGAUGAGUAUCCGAUCGUUUUCGACAUUCUCUGGGCACUCUCGUUCAAUCAAGAUAUCCAACAGCAACUCCGUUCGAAUACGAUGUUCAUGUCUAAGUUGGUCCAUCUAGCCAAAGAAUGUGACAAUGAAAAAAUGAGAAAAAUGACGCAUGGAAUUCUAUGGAAUCUCGAAUCGACGCAUCAGGACCGACCGUUAACAGAACCUCUUGACAAAACCACAUUCGAUAUUAUGAUUAGUUAUUCACAUAAAGACGAAGGCAUUUGCAAACAAAUCUACGAAGAACUUGUCAAAGCUGGCCUUCGUGUUUGGAUCGACUUCGAUCAAAUGCACGGAAAUGUCAUGGAUGCCAUGGCACAAGCUAUCGAGCGAUCAAACAUGAUCAUCAUCUGUAUGAGUGAACAGUAUCGACGAAGCAACUACUGUCGAGCAGAAGCACAUUAUGCAUUCCAACGAGAACUGAAGAUAGUGCCAAUACUGUUGCAAGAACACUAUCAACCGGAUGGAUGGUUACUGUUUCUCAUUGGACAACUGUUAUAUGUUGAUUUCGUUAAGCAUGACUUUGCAAGAGCAAUUGAGCUGUUGUUAGACGAAAUACGAGCUGACGAGUUUUCUGAGAGUAGCGUUACACCGUUACGAUCAAGAACCGGUACGGUGGCUGUAUUAUGUAAUGCGCAAACUCCGAUGAAAACACUGUCACCAUCAAACAUUCCGAGAAACAUCCAAGACUGGACGAAAGCAAAUGUUCAUGACUGGCUACUUGAACAUAAUUUGAUGCAAAUGUCUCAGGUUUUAAUCAAUUGUGAUGGCCAUGGCUUAAUACAUUUCAGCGACUAUUUAAAGAAUGGGGAAACGAAACAAGUUCUUAAUCUUCUCCAAGAAGAAUCCUACCGAAUAACGAACGAAAGUUUGUCACUUGUCGAACUAUCCUAUUUGCAAUCAUUGAUCGAAAAACAAAAACAUGCGUCGGAACGGUCAUUUUGUCGACGGUUUCGGCGAGAUAACAGAAAUACUACUCGAAGAAAGAAAUCUCUCUUAUCUUGUUGUCGCCUAAUGUAA